CCACCACGAAAACGAAGAAAAUCUCAUCAUAAACGUCACAAAAGCAGACAGAAGAAGAGGUCGUCGUCGUCGUCCAGUCGAGUAGUCCGCAAAUCCAAAAUCAUCAUCGCCAUACAAAAGUCGGACAUUCGUGCGUGAGAGAAAAAAAAAACGCAGCAAAAGUGGACAACCGUGAUCCAGAUCAUUAUUGUUCUCGCCGUGGGCCGUGAAUCUGGCCGCCAUCAUCUGCUGGAGGUCCCGUUAGCUGUUGUGUCCAUAAUAAUAUAGUGAUGUGAAAAACACAAGGAAGAAAAAAAAACUUCGGGGGUGAGCGAAAAUAAAACACAAAAAGUGGAAAAAUGUUUUGCGGUGGCAGAGCUGCUGAGGCGAAAUUGGUUCGCUGAUAGGUUUUUUUUUUGCUUUCGACAAAGUGAAAAGCAGUGCUAGGUGUCUGGAAGGGGCGAAGAAGUGGAGGGGCGUAGUGCGGAAGAAGAAGAAAAAUCAAAGUGAUUAAGCUGGCGGAACGUUCCGGGAAAAUGUCCCACGAUCCGGGGCCUCGAAGUCGUAGAAAAUGUCCGCUGGUCAACAACAGGAGUAGUGUUUGGUGGAUGCAUUGCUGGCCCCUUGGCCUCAUUCUGGUGCAGUUUUGUGUGCUGACACUGGCAGGCGGAAGCAAUUCGGGAAUCAGCCUCGGGGGCCCAGCCGCCGUCGGGAAGUGUUCCGACAUCAAGUGCAUGAACGGGGGCACCUGCCGGAAUGGGACCUGCGUUUGUCCGGACGGGUGGCAGGGUUCCGAGUGCCAGUUCUGCGGAGGAAAAGUUAGAUUGACCGAUCCAUCGGGCAGCGUCCACGACGGUCUGGGCAAUUACUCAAUUGGUGUGAAGUGCAGCUGGCUGAUCGAUGCACGUGACCACAACAGCAUAGCGGACAAACUGUCCCCGGCGGGAAGCGGAAAGCCGUCGGUCAUCCGGCUGCACCUGGAGGAGUUUGCGACCGAGUGCGGCUGGGAUCACCUGUACGUGUACGAUGGCGACAGUGUGGAGUCGCCGCUGUUGGCCGUUUUCAGCGGGCUGAUGUACCGGAAGAAUUUCAGCAUCCGGCGAAUUCCGGAGGUUUUCGCGCAUAGUGGUUCGGCAUUGCUGCACUUCUUCAGCGACGAUGCAUACAAUAUGUCCGGGUUCAACAUCAGCUACGAGGUGAACGCCUGUCCCACGGUGGACACUUCGCUCAACUGCUCAGGGCAUGGGGUUUGCGUUUACGGGGAAUGUACCUGCGAUAUCGGUUGGAGGGGACCAGCUUGCAAUGUGGCCAUAUGCCCGAACAAUUGUUCGGCUCAUUUGGGGAGGGGGGCAUGCAAUGUGAUCCAACGGCGAUGCAUUUGUGCGAAGGGAUUCGAUGGCAACGAUUGUUCCCAGGUGCGAGCGCACGGCGUGUGGACAACGAUUACUUCGGAGGAAACGGCUGGUUUUGCUCCGCCAGGAAGUGCUUCCCAUGGGGCGGCGGUAUUUCGGGAUACGUUUUACAUAAUAGCCGGGGAGACGUAUGGAAAAGCCAAGUCCUUGAUGUACAUGUAUGACUUCAAUGGGAAGGUUUGGGAGACGGCUCACACGGAUUCCAAGGCUACACCGGAACUGCGGUACGGAGCAUCGACUGUUAUGUAUGGGGAUAAGAUCUUCAUGUACGGUGGCGUGGUGGAAGGGAAAGGGGUGUGUGGGGAACUGUGGGCAUUCGAUGUGAGUGCGAAGAAUUGGGAGAACAUUACGGUGAAGGCAGAGCAAUGCAAUGAGACGUAUGCCAUGUGUGGACCGCUGAAAUCUGCUGGACACACGGCGACGUUGAUAUCGAACUUUGAGGGAGGCAAGAAAGGACAUUCCCAGAGGAUGGUGGUCAUAUUUGGACAUUCGCCACAGUUUGGGUAUUUGAACACGGUGCAGGAGUACAACUUUGGGACUCGUGAGUGGAAAAUUGUCAGAACCAGAGGCUACCCAGUGAAGGGAGGGUACGGCCAUUCCGCGGCGUAUGAUCCACUGAAGGAACGCAUCUACGUGUACGGGGGAAUCAUCUCCGAGAGCGAUAGCACUCAGCUGUUGAGCAAUAAAUUGUACAGUUACGAGCCUCAUGGUCGCGUCUGGACUCUGGAAGCAGCCGCCCCGACAGCGAGAUUCCUGCAUACUGCCAAUUUCAUAAGUCCAGGCUUGAUGAUGGUAUUCGGUGGUAAUACCCACAACGACACAUCGCACAGUUUUGGCGCCAAAUGCUACAGCAAGGAUCUCAUGGUAUAUGACGUGCUGUGCAAUUCGUGGCAUGUGCAACAAAUGCCACAAGAUCUGCGGGCAGAUUUGGCACGGUUCGGACAUUCUGCGAUAAGCUUCGAGGAAUCUCUCUACAUCUACGGUGGAUUCGAUGGUCAGAUGAUAAACGAUAUGCUCAAAUUUACGCCGGGAAAUUGCAGGGCAUUGAACCGGUCGGACCAGUGCUUGAAUACUCGACCAGGAUACAAGUGUAUCUGGGACAUUCAGAAGAGCAAGUGCGUCCCGAUUUUGGACGUAGACAGAGGAGUUCUCUUCAGUCGCGAUCAAAUCAACUACGACAUCUGCCCUCAGGAGAGCCGAUUGGUGAUGACGCGCCAAGCCAUUCAAGAUUACGAACACUGCAGUCAGCUGUUCAGUUGCCAAAGCUGCGUAUCCACGGCGUAUGGGUGCAUGUUCUGCGGAAUCGGUAACGGAAAGGGUUAUUGCGCCAAAGAGAAGUGCCCAGAUGUUUCGUACACCUAUCGGGCGGAUUUCUAUCCAACGCAGGAACUGAAAGACUGCCCAGAGAAUGACGAACAGAUUUGUACUCAGCUUCAUGGAUGCCAUGCCUGUACGGCCUACACGUUCUGCCACUGGGAUUACGAACGUAGCAAGUGCUUCUACGUCGGAAACAAAACCAGUGACAUCAUGAACGAAGCUUUACCGUGUCCACCGGCGUGUUCGGUGCUGACGACUUGCGGCAAUUGCACCCUGGAGGAGUGCAUUUGGUGCCAAAAUGAGCAAAGAUGUGUCGACAAGAAUGCCUACACAGCUAGCUUCCCCUAUGGUCAGUGCCGCGAAUGGACCACCGGCUCGAACAAAUGCCGUGCAGCAAGUUCGGGCAAGAGCCAAUGUGGUUUCUACAAGACAUGUGCUCAGUGCCGUGAUGAUCCUGCCUGUGGUUGGUGCGAUGAUGGCUCGAUGACUGGUUUGGGGAAAUGUCUUCCCGGAGGUGACUCAGGAGCCCACGAGGAAAUGGAAUGUCCGGCAGCUCGGUGGCACUUCACUCACUGCCCCAGUUGCCAAUGUAAUGGCCAUAGCACUUGCCCAGAUUCGAAGACCUGCAAACAACCUUGCAAGGAUCCGAUGAUGGGAUCGAACUGCGAAAAGUGCAAACCCGGCUACUGGGGUAAUCCGGUCAAUGGCGGAACUUGCCAGAAAUGCGAAUGCAAUGGCCAAGCUCAGUACUGCCACAGCGAGACGGGCAAAUGCUUCUGCAGCACCAAAGGCCUUGCGGGGGAUCAUUGCGAAAAGUGCGAUGCCACCAAUCACUACCACGGUGACCCCAGCCGCGGGUCCUGUUACUAUGAUCUCACCAUCGAUUAUCAGUUCACCUUCAACCUCUCCAAGAAGGAGGACCGCCAUUUUACUCAAAUCAACUUCCGCAACUCGCCCAUCAAGUCGGACAUUGAUGCCGACUUCAGCAUCACCUGCUCAAUGACUGCUCGAAUGAACAUCACAAUCCGAACGGCCGGUGGACCGGAAAAGCUGCUCUUCGCUGCCGUCAACUGUUCCACCUUCCGGUAUCGGUUCUCGAAGGCCGAACAUCACUUCGGUAUAGAGGAAAAUGUAACACUAACUACGUUUUACGUGUACGUUUAUGACUUCCAACCUCCGCUUUGGAUACAGAUUGCCUUUUCGCAGUAUCCGAAGCUUAAUUUGCAACAGUUCUUCAUCACCUUUUCCACAUGCUUCCUGCUCCUCCUGCUGAUGGCUGCCAUACUGUGGAAGAUUAAGCAACGCUACGACAUGUUCCGUCGGAGGCAGCGACUCUUUGUCGAAAUGGAACAAAUGGCCUCCAGGCCAUUCUCUCAGGUCCUGGUAGAAAUCGAAAGCAAAGAGUACAAUGAGCUUUCGCCGGCCGUAGAAAAUAUCACCAGUGCUCCAAGGAAGCGGAAAAAGGAUUCGCCAAGUCCGAUCGCACUGGAGCCGUGCGAAGGCAACAGGGCGGCGGUGCUGUCGCUUCUAGUCCGGCUACCGACAGGUGAGACCUCUGGUGGCCAACAACACUCUCCUCCUGGUCAAUCGGCAGGUCUCGCCGUAGCAAGUGCAUUAGUAACGUUAGGUAACCCACGACGGCCGUCGAUAGAACACCCGAAGGAACCUAAGACUAAGCGUAAGCAAAGCCAACAUCCCGAUAGUUGUAUAUAAUAAGCAAGCAUAAGUGAAAAUGAAAACAGAAACUACAAAAGUGCGGUAAGUAAAACAAACAAGCAGAAGUAACUAACUAUUAACUAAUUGUAAAAGCAAACAACCUAAUACCAGCAGCAUAUUGUAAACGAAGAAGAUUAUCAAGCUAUGCAUAAGGUUAGAGGAAGGAUAGUCAAUGAAGAAUGAAGGGCGAGCCAAACAGAGGAAGACGAAGCAGAAAGGGGUUCGCGAUAGAAUUUACGAAUUUUAGGGUGAUACAAGAUGAAAUCCGAUCGUGUUUGUAAAAUUUUCUCAUACUAUUUUUUUGCAUGAACCAACUAUAGGCAGCACACGAGGACAACAUUUUAUAUUUGCAAAUUGUGAAUAGUAGGAAUAUGUUAUGUGAUUGAGUUAAUAGAAAAGCAUUUUUUUAGCUGGUAACUUCCGAAACAGCCCGAAAGUUUCUCCGGGACGACGGUGAAGUUCUAAAGAAGUUUUAAGGUGUCUCGUAAUUACUCCUUCUUAGUAGAAUGUUCGGUUGACUGAUUUUUUAGACUCCACAUCAAAUGUGUACCUACCACCUAAUCUAACCCAUGCUCCGUUCGGGAAGCUAUAUCUUGUUUAGGAUCGUUAUGUAUCUAAAAGAAGUGCUGUAUGGCCGAAGCGAGACAAAUGAAAUCGUUCUCCUUCCGCUUUGUAACGGUUUUGACGAUCAUCAGGGUGGUCCAUAAAAUAAACCGGAGAAAAUCUUCAGUAACACCUCCCUCAUUUGAUCAUUUGACAAGGUAAUAACCGUAGAAGCAUGCUCUGUCCCAGUUGGAACGCAACGCCAGAAAGAAGAAGAAGAAUACACUCAGUAGCUUCUGAUGGUCCAAAUGAACAAAUGUGUGAGAUGUAAGUUAUGAUUUCCACAUUUUGAUUUUUCCCAUAUAAAAAUGGGCCACCUUAAUGGUCAUUCUUCGCGGUGUAUGAUUUUCAUUGAUUUGCUUGAUCAGAUAAAUACAGGAUACAAAAAAUGGCCUCUGAACGUACGUUAAGGUGCAUCGAACGCCGCGGAGAAAAUGAGACAAGAAUGUACAAUGGAAAAUGAUUGUUCUUAAAAACUGGGUUCUGUGAUCAAUAGGGUCUUAAAGCCGUACCUCAAUUUUUGUACCAGACGAUGGGGCUUAUAGCAAAAAUACAUGUUUACUCCAUUUUCUUAAGUUUUAUACUGAUUCAAGUAAAACAGAUUCUUUUGGUUUUUGAGUUUAUGUCACACUGUCAGAUUUAAAUUUUCAUUUUGGGUGAAUUAGGUUUUCCGUGUAGUUUUCAAAAUGUCAGAUAGGACCGUUUUGCGUCAAAAGCAAUAUUCCAUUGGAUUUUUGUAAAACAAAUUAAAUUGAAAGAUAAUCAAAAGUGUCAAGGUUAAAAUUAAAGCUAUUUUUGUAAAAUCAAAAAGAAACAGCCAUUUUUUAGUAAUUUCACAUGGAUAAUCAUUUUCCACGUCAAUAAUCAAUAAGACCCACCCUAGUGCUCAUCUUUAACCUGAGCGGCUUCAUUAUGAUCUCUGAAGAAAAUCAUAGAACAUCUACUUAUUUCAAGCUUUCGUCUCAUUUUCCCCCCGGUGUAUUGCUUUUCGCCCAUGGGUAAAACAGAAAACGAAAGAUUUUAACGAAAAACAAAAUCAAAACUGGAGCCGUUCGGUUGCUCUCUUCCAAGUGGAACAAUAGAGAAAAAAAUAACGACUGUUAUUAAAACGAAAAUGGAAGAAUGGUUCACUGGAAGUGAUAGAUCGCCGUUGCAUCGGCUAAAUGAUGUACUAUUGCUUUGGCAAAUAGUAUAAAGUAGAAGUAGCAUUCUACCGAUCGAUCUGAAGGUGCAAAUCGAACAGCAGAACAUUUGUAAGUGAAGAGAUACUAGUUUGUAGGUAUACUGCGAAUAAGAAUAAGAAAUGAAACGAAUGCUCCUGUCGAAGCUUUGUCUACUAUAUUAGGUAAUAGUGGCCGAGGCUCGAAUCGGGAGAUCACUCACAUGGAGAGUUUGUAAAAAAAAGGAAAAUAAUUUACUGAUAAGCAAGUUGAGAAAAAAACUACAAAAACAUACACACGUACAGACAGUGAGGAUAAAGUAUUUUAUGGCAUUUUGUUGCAAGAAUAAAAAACAAGAAAAUUA